AUGAGUGGGACUUUGAGGCCAAUUGAUUUGGUUAGCCAACCUGCGCCAUAUCCGGAGCGGUACAAGAUUCUGCAGAAGUUGGUGGUUCUUUUGCAAAAAGUGAGACCAAACGCCGCCGGUGGUGCAAGCAAGCUGGCCAUUGGGCUUGAAGGACGGGUCGCCAAGACCAGUAGUUCGAGUCAAAGCUAUAGGUUCAAUAUGAGUGUUCUUUUUCGCGAUCUGAGUAAGCAUAAGGGUGAUUUGACUAAAAUUAGGAUAGCUCAGAAACCGAUUGUCAGUGCCUCUAGGGCAAGCCAAGGGAAUAUUUCGAAAGCGGCUGUGAUGGAAAAGCUGAAGGCGCUACUGCAUGAAAAUUCGGUUUUGGAGAAGAAUGGAUAUAUCAUGAGAAAUGUAACCAGUGAGAGUGCGAAGAAUGCGCUGCUGGGUGCCCAUGAGACUUGCGCAAGAUGCAAUACAAAAUUCGAGAGGGCGAGCAUUAUGAAGAAGACAUUGUGCCGAUAUCAUGACUCCAAGAAACAAUUUGAUAAAGUCACUAAAUCAUACCAGUAUCCCUGUUGUGGAGAAUCAACGGCAUCUACUUCAUUUCUGCGGCUUGGGUGUAAAACUCACAAACAUCAUGUAUUCAAGCCUGAGACGGCGGAAGCAUUAUCCGAUAUAUCAGAAUUUAUCAAAACGUCCAAAAUACGUGGAGAAGAAAAUGUUCUCGCACUGGAUUGCGAGAUGGGAUUUACCUCUCUAGGCUACGAGAUGAUACGACUGACCAUAGUCGAUUUUUUUACAUCGAAGACCUUGUUUGACGAAAUUGUUCAGCCAUUGGGGGAAGUUGUGGAUCUCAAUACUCAGUUCAGCGGUGUCAGCGAAAUUGACAAACAAUCAUCUCUGACGUUCCAGGAGACUAUGGCUCGAGUGCUUUCCCCGAAGCUCAUAAAUGCAAAUAGCAUACUCAUAGGACACGGCUUGGAGAAUGAUCUCAACGUAAUGAGGAUCGUCCAUCAAAAGAUUAUCGAUACAGCGAUACUUUAUUCCACCGGAAGGUACAAAAAUUCUCUGAAGAAUCUCGCAUUCGAGUUUCUCAGUCGAAAAAUCCAGACUGGCGAGCAUGAUAGCUCAGAAGAUGCAAUUGCGACGAUGGAUGUCUUAAAAGUCAAAAAUGGUAUUCCAAUCGAUCAGAAAACAUGGGAUUGA